AACGUAGCGUGUGACAAGCAAAAUUUCCAUGCAGGAAGUAGGCCUAGCAAGCCAUUCAACAUAACAAAUAUAAACACAUUUCUUCUUCACGUAAAAACUUAUCUGAUCCUGAGAAAUGGGACAGAAGUCACUCAUCUACGCAUUCGUGGCGCGAGGAACGGUGGUCCUUGCUGAGUACACGGAGUUCUCCGGCAAUUUCACCACCGUGGCACAGCAGUGUCUGCAAAAGCUUCCUUCAACAAACAAUAGAUAUACCUACACAUGUGAUGGCCACACUUUCAAUUACAUCCUACAUGAUGGAUACUCAUACUGCGUUGUUGCAGUUGAGUCUGUUGGCACGCAGACUCCCAUUGCGUUUCUAGAGCGAGUUAAGGAUCAGUUUGAGAAAAGAUACAGAGCAGGGGAGGCUGAAGCAGUUGCACCAAAAGGCUUAAAUAAAGAAUUUGGUCAUAAACUGAAAGAGCAGAUGCAGUACUGUAUGGAUCAUCCAGAUGAAGUCAGCAAGAUUUCCAAGGUGCAAGCUCAAGUUUCCGAGGUCAAGGGGGUGAUGUUGGAGAGUAUUGAGAAGGUUCUUGACCGCGGAGAGAAGAUUGAGUUGCUGGUGGAUAAAUCUGAGAAUCUUCGAUCAGAGGCACAAGAUUUCCGGGUACAGGGAACCAAGCUGAAGAGGAAUAUGUGGCUCCAGAACAUGAAGAUGAAAUUGAUUGCUUUGGCUGUCCUUGGCGCUAUAAUUUUGAUCAUUGUUCUGUCUAUAUGCCAUGGCAAGUGCUGAUGAUUAUAAGCGGUCCUUGUCUGCACCAUUUUUGUACUCGUUUUGCUCUUAAUAUCACUAGAUAUGUUCAUGUUUGAUUGUUCAGUUUUCUUCAUUGAUUGAGCCUUCCCUUCCUUUUUGCUCUUAGGAUUUGGGAAGUUAAGGAUUUCCAUGUAGUAGUAUGCAAUAAAUACUAAAUUUGUAUACAAAGUUCAUUUAGUUUUCUU